UCGAGCAGCUGUUUGUUGUGCAUUGGCGGUUCUUUUGUAUUUUUCCAGAAAUUUUCUGAAUGUGCGUCUGUUUCUAGCAAAUGGAAAAGUCGCCGAGAAGUAAAGAAGUUGAACAACAGUUAAAUGAAAGCGAACCAGAAAGUGAUGAGAGCGAUACGCUUCGAAUAAGUCUGACGCCGGUUCGUCCUCCUGUGACGAGGGCGAACAAAUUAAAAAGGAAGCGUAAACAGUUAUUAUCCGACGAUGAGCUGCCGAUAGACAAAGCCAUCGAAGAAAAACUACAAUCGUGUGCCAAGAAAAACAACUUGACACCGGCGGAGAUGAAGAAGCUACUGAGGUCUGUCGUAAAGAACGAUCAUGUGCUGGCAUUGGUGAAGAUCCAGGAGGAGGUGGAGCUUGCCCGGGAGAAGGACCCGUCGAACAAAACAAACGACAGCCAACCAGGGUCAGACGACAAAGGCGAUAAGGAUGGAGCACCAGUUCCCAAAUUUACACGGUCGACGGCCAGGGCUUUGAAUAAAAAGCCACUGCCUAUUUCGGCGCUCAGUGAAAUACAGUUGGAGCCGGAAAUCGCUGCACUCAUUUCGGACGAGUUGCAUUCCGAUGAAGAGGACGAAGAGUACGAACCCAAGGAAGAGGACUAUGCGUCCGAUGACGAUCCCAAUACAACAAUUUCAGACAUCGAUUCGCAGCCUUGUACCCCCAAAACGCCUGCGACCCAUCACGAAGUUGAAGACGAUUUAAAUAGGAGUCAGUACACGGACGAUGGCCUGUUUAAAGUUCCGCGCCAGAGAACGGACAGCACAGCAUCUCAUCAUGAGGAAAUUAUCGCAAAACGAACUCGAUCGAAAGUUUGUUUGCAGGAGACACCGAUUGAGGCGAUCGAGUCCAAUUUCAUUCCGCCAGACAUUCCGACCGACAUGUAUGACUUCGAUGCCGAAAUAGACAAUGCUUGGGUGGAAUUUUUAACGAAUUUCUCAAAACCUUUAAACACAGAUGUACACCCCGAGGAAGAUGAUGAAGCCGAUCCGGAAUAUGUUGCAGCCGAUCAUGAACCAAUUGACAGCGAGGAAUUACGGAAUGUGAACAUAUCAAAAAAGGAACUGAGUGAUCUAGUUGCAGAGUUGUUUGAUGGUUUAGUUCAAGAAGGAGUCAUCCUAGAAGAUAUUCAACUUGGAACACCAAAAAAGUCAUUUGACAAAAGCCCGCAGAAGAAAAAAGCGAAAGCAGACUCAAAAAGCGAACUCAACUCGCCAGUACAUGAUAUAAGCUUAGUACAAAGCAGUAUACAAUCGAACCAAACGGUCACCACGCCCAGUAAAUAUAUGAAUGAAAGCAGUUCUCAGAUAAACGAAACAAGCUCGCAAAUAACACCGGUGGGAAGUAAUAUCGUAACAUCGUUUAGUCAACAAAUAAGUGCUGACAAGAUGAAUGCAACUAUCAGAGAGGAGUCUCAGUUGAAUGCCACAAGAAUGAAUCAAACUUUGUUCAAUCCGAAUAUAAUGUCCACUCCGAUGAACAUUACGAAUAAAGCGGCGCAAUUUGCACCUAAUAUACAGCAACCAAACGUUACGCCAAUAACAAGUUCCGUUGAAAAUGUGCAACAACAAUUGGUUGUAGCGGAGAUCGUAGAAAGUGACUCAGCUAUAGGUUCGCAAACCGGAGGAAGAGUAAUGUCUUCAAAUGGGCCGAUUCAAGUGAUGCUUGCUUCUAAUGAUGAGAAUCAAAGUGGAAUCAUCACUCUCAUGCCAAUAACUCUUGCUUAUGCAAGCCCAGCCAAGAGUGUCCUUACUGUGUUACCAAUCACGGGUGCUACCAAUUCGUUAAUAGCUACGUCAUUAGCGCUGACUUCUACCUCUACUAAAUCUAGUGAUGCAGUUGUGGCAAUGAAUAGUGGCUCCCUAGUUGUGGUAGAUAGUAGUCAGUCGUCGGUGAUAAGCACGUCGAAAACAACAAAUAUGGUUUCCUCCAUAACUAUCACAGAUUCACCGAAAGCGCAAGUAGAGCCACUCAGUCAGAAUGCUUCGAAGGGUGCCAAUGUGGAAAGUAGCACGGCAAAUGCAAUUGUCAUACAGCAACCUUCCGGAAUAACCGCAAACCUUACAAAAUCAUCGGAAAAUAGGAUGACAACUCCGAACAGCGCAACGGCUAUAUCGCAAACAGCUACUGCAAGUAAAACUUCUCAGAUUGCAUCUAGUGAAGAACCAGCUCCUAAAAAAUACCCAACUAAAGCAUUGGGGAUCACAGCGAAUUCUUACACGCUUUCAAAUUCUGGAACUUACCGGAACAAAUUGAAAAAGAAUUACAAAGAAAAAUAUGAGAAGCUGAAAGAAAUACAAGUACCCGAAGAACCGGAAUUUGAUCCAAACCAAACAGGCUUCACAAUCACGCAGAGGAAAAUUAUGGAGCAACAACUUAGAAUGCAUGUUCAGUUGAUUGCGCAAAAUUUUCUGCAAGUAUACUCACAUCCGAUAUUUUGGAAAUAUGGGACCACACAGAAAAACAUGUUAAUGGAGCUGGACAAGCAUCACGACAUCACUAGGAUAACAGCUUUCAAUAUUUGGAACCUCAAGCUAGCCGUGAGGCUGAUUACUGACUGGGAAAAAGAUCUUUCGAUUAACAACGCCGAGAACACGGCUUUGAUGGAAUUCAUCUACAAUGAAAUUGAUAAAGCGAAGAAACGUACGUGUGUGCAACGGUUUCCUGCACGCAUUAUGAGACAGAUUAUCCGCAGUCCUGUUUUUAUUUAUGGACAUUUACUACCAGAAAUGCCUUUCAGACCAACAGAACCAUCUUUCAACGAAAUGGUACCAUCCACGGAUCAAUUACUGGCGCAUUCCUUAUAUUACACUUAUAAAGAUUUGGAAGAAUAUGAAAGAAAAAUUCGACCAACUAAUCCGAGAAAAGUGCCACUAGCUAAAGUUGUGCGUUACAUUUCAGUGGACGGAGUUCAUGGGAAGAAUGUGGCCGGUUUAUGUGAAUAUAUCAGUCGUAAAAUGAAAGCUGAAAAUUACAAUCCAAUUAAGUUUUAUUUUGAGCAUAAGAAACCGCCACCGUAUAAGCAUAUUUUAUACGAGCUCGAUUUUGAGCACAUGCUUCGGCCAGAAGAUCGUUUAUCGCAACUUCCAAUGAUCUGGCAGGAGUUUGGUGUUAGGUUGCGUGCUUUGGAGAUAGAAAGGACAUGCCAUCCAUAUCGUUACACACGUGCUGUCAACUCUGUUCGUGAUUACAAUGAGCCUGCCAUUGACGUGAUUGAUUUGAACCUGGGCCACAAAACACAGAACACAUCUAACAUCACCAUUCAAGUGAAUUGCGUAUAUGAUUCCUCACAAAAUUCCAAUAGUACGCAGAACAGCAUUUUACAAAAUGACAGUAUCCAUUCUUAUAACGUGGCGCCUUCGUACGAUCCACGGCCUCCUGUAAUAGCGCAUCAUAGCCAGCAAACUCAUCAAGCGACGAAUUACGAGACGUCUUACAAUCAAACCAUAAGUCAGAGCAAUUUCUCCUAUUUCACGCAAAUACACGAGCCUUUGCCAUCUCUUCGUGGGGGCGAUCCCUUGGACAUAUAUAAAUUUAGUAGGAAUUUCGAAUCAUCCACUGAUAGUCGAGCGAGCAGUGCCAGUCCUGCGGCGCCAGAGUAUUUUGAAACUUGCCAUAGUGAGCCUCAGGUGCUGACAAACACUGCGUGUACUGCUAAAACCACCGAGCGCCAGGAGCCCGCAGCAGAACCACCUUUACCGAAGGGCCAAAAACUUGUGACCGACUACUUCAAAGUUCAGAAGAAAGAUGCAGAUCGAGUAGGAGUACUCAGUCUGAAGAAAAGGUGGAAACAUGUAAAAGCAAGACGACGACGUAAUGUAAGGAAGCAGCGAAAGUUCUUUAAGAAUUUAUUACAACGUCAAAGGCUGCGUAAAAAGCAGCUCAAGAGGAAGGUCUUCAAUUUACUGAUUGUGUACCAGGGGACGAUCCGUCGUACUCGCGAUCCAUACAAGAACCCUCUUUUGAAUCGAGUAUUUCGCCAGGUGAAGGCACUUGAACUGUACGCAGGUUUCCUGACUGCUUUGGAAAUGAAUGUGAAAAAAAUGAAAUCCAUGGAAGAUUGUUCUGCGAAGAAAAGUGCCACGGGCAAAUCUCUAGGUGACGAUGAAACGCCGAAAACACGCAAACCAUAUCGGGUGGGUGAGAGUUUGCGACAAAUGCUAUUGCCAGAAAGUAAAGAGGACACAAAUGAAAAGGAUGCAACUUUCGCCAUGAAUUUCUUCGACAAAGUGGAGGAGACAUUUUGUAGUGCAAAUCAGCAUGAACGGUACGAGUCAUUUCAAAAGAUUCUAAAGAACUUCGAUCCACAGAAAGAUCGAGUCACCGAUUUAUAUUAUAAAAUGGAAAGUCUAUUUCUGCCAGAGUAUCCCCAUUUGGCGGAAAUAUUCUUAGCGUUCCUGUUGCCGUCCGAGGCUAUUGAAAUUGGGAAAUUCUUCGAGCAUUUCAUGAUUACGAACAUGGGCAAUUUCAUUAACAAAUUGAAUAUAUUCUUCAACAAACAACCGGCCCAAAUUAAGAAGAUCUAUGGAGCGUUGAGUGAGUUGGCGGAAGAACAGGACGUGGGCAUGGAACAAGUGAAAAAUAAGAUUCUGCCUCUAUUGAAGGGCAAUAAAUUUUUAGUUGACUGGUUCCUGCAGACAUUUGAGACUGAAAAGCCGAAUCAAAGUAUUUCAAACAUAUACGAAACCAUCAACCUGAAACAGGUGGAAUCUCAACAAGGAGAGGCAGAAAUCUAUGAGACUGUACAACAAAAGGAUAUUGUGGAGGAGUCGACAGAUACCAAUUCAUGUCAGCUGAAGUAUAUAAAUGGAGGAAUCUAUUACGGUUCACGGAUAUUACUACCAGCAAAGCUUUCGUUCUUGGCGACUGAACUUAGCAAGUGUGAGGAGGACGAAGCUACGUCGCCUGAGGCAGAUGAUCGGCUGACAGGCACAUCGAAAUCAUGUGUGCAUGGUAUAAGAGAGUGCGCUGAGCGGCAACUUAAAAGCCAUCUGGAGAAAUGUGAUGAGGAGAAACGGUGUGAAGAUGAUGACGAAAAAGAUAAAGACAAAUAUACGCUGUGUGAUGAUAAUACAUUCAAAGCGCAUGCAGCUCGACUGAAUCCAGCGUUAUACCAUGCCCCACAACAUCUGCAUAUAAAUACGUGUCUAAAAUCGAAAUCCUCUGAAGGAGAAAUCUCGCCGAAGAAGCAAUGUCUGCAAAAACGUCGCUCUCCUAAAAAGAGCAUGCCCAAAUCCCCAACAGCUACAAAUAAAAAGUCGGCGAGCAUUCCAGAAUCUUCGAAAGCGUUAGGCAUUGCGAAAAAAUUGAAGUCCAUGACAACUACCGGCGAAGCUGAACCAAAUGUUAAUUUGAAAUCUCGACGGAAGCAACCAAAGGCCAGCAAAAGCAUAAGCAUCACCGAACCGCUUGAAUCAUUAUCUGGAAGCAACACUGCAUCAGAUGGAACAGUAUCCGACAGUGAUCGAUCUUCAUGCGAGCCAAAACGCAAACAAUCCAAGUUACAAAACUCACCUGCUCCACGUACUGACGAGCUGCAGCAACAGCAAGCAGGGCCAUCAACUUCGAUUUGCUCUCAAGUAGAAACGUUAAGUCCAAGUCCCACUCCAAAUAUUGUGGAAGAUAAAAUGCCUACGUGGACACGUGACGAAGAUAAAAUCAUCUUGGAAGAAGUCAAGUCCGGGUAUGAUAAUGAGAAUGCACUCGUAUCAAGGCUUCUAUUGAAAUUGCCUAAUCGGAAUGUGUUGGAGAUAACGAAGCGUCAUCAAUUCUUGAUGGAGGUAUUGACACGGUUGCAAGGGAAAGCAAGUUAACAAGUUCGAUGGCAGUGGAAAAUGAGCCGCAGUUGGAAAUAAUUUUGUAAUGUAUUUGCGUUUCUAUUAAUUUUAUGUAUUUGACUCAAAUUAUGUUAAGAAUUGUUUAUAUCAAUGGCAUUCUAUGUUAGAAUGUAUGAACUUUAUCAAAUCAUAAUUUUAUUUUGAUGCUUAAUGUCGAAAAUAAAGUUUUGUCUCAGUUUUACAUGUUAA